AUGUUAGGCAGCAAUGAUAAAGCCAAAUAUGAUCGUUCGGAACUUGUCAAACGAGUCGAAGAGCAAUAUAAUUUGAUUGUCGAUUAUGAAAAAAAAUUGAAAGGUCUAAUUUGGUUUCGUAAAGGAUUUUUAAAUAUUUUGGAUGGCUUAUUACCACUUAACAUAGUACGUGCUUACAGAGGUCUUAAUGCUGAAAAGAAUGCCUUUCAGGAAAUUGUCGAAGCUCUAACAUUGCAGCAAGGCAAUAAAGGAAGUGACGAGAGGAAUGAGACUUCAGAAAUUAGUGCUGAUUCGAAGGAAAAACUUUCCAAGGAAGAUCAGAUAAAAAUUUUAAAGAAAUCGUUAGCCGUUCUAAUAACAGAAAAAAAUAAGCGAGAAUCUGCAUUUCAAUGUGACAAAAAAGUUUUAUUGUCUGAAAAUGAAACUCUGAAAGCAAGAUUGGACAAAGCUGCAGCUGAAACGGAAAUGCAAGCUGAAAAAUUGGAAAAUAGAGUAUUGGAAUUACGCUCAAAAAUAAAGCGCAUUGAAGGAGAUCGUGAAAAGGAACUAGCGGAUCAUGGUUCUGUUCUUGCAGCUAUUCAGCAGCAAUAUAUAAAGGAGUGUGGAAAUUCUGAGCGACUUCAAAAACAAGUCAUGGAAUUGCAUGGGACAGUACUCGAGAAAGAAGAGCUACUGAAGCAUUUAGAAGCAGAAAUUUCUUCCAUGAAAGAAGAAAUUAUUAGACUUCAAAAUUAUGCAGAAUUAUGUAAAAAGAAAGCAGAAAAAGCACCCGCUAUACAAAUGUUAGAGAGUGAAUUGCAAGAUGUGAAAGAAAGCAGUAAAACUGAAAUAGCUGAACUGAGAAAAAAACUAAUGGAGGCAUUGAGUACAGAGAGGGAUACUCGUCUUUAUGUACUUGAACAAAGACUUCAGGAAAUGACUACAGAAAUGGGUGCUUUUGACAGAAUUCGAGCAGAUUUAGAGUAUAAAAUAAAUCAGUUGGAAGGAAAAAUCAAGUUGCUAGAAAAUGAAAAUAUACUGUUGAAGGCUUCUGAGUCAAUGAAAGAAACUGAAAAAUCUGAUAAUUUUGAACGUACAUUGCAGAACUUCAAAAAAAGUGCUCAAAAAUUACGUAGUUCGAAGCACCCAAUAAAUUUUUAUGAACUGCUAGGACUGGAGGAAACAUCACAUGAGCAAAAGAGACGAUAUGAUAUGCUGAAAGAUGAGUACGAAAAAUAUAAAUUAAAAGCCGAGUCUUUGCUGAGAAGCAGAUCUAUGAGUAACGAUGUUUUGGUGAACACUAAUUUAUCAUCUGCUUUAUCAGUAGCAACUUUAAAUGAAUGCCCGUCUUGUAUAGCAGCUGAAGCAGACCUUCGACAUUUACGUUCAGUAAUUGCUUCUCUUCAUGACAGACUUCAAUCUCUUGAAAUUGAUUAUGCAAACAUGAAAAAUAAUUACGAAGAAAAGACUACCUUAUUAAAUCGUGAAAUUUCUGAAAUGGAAAAGUCACAGGAUAGCUUGAUAUUUGAAUUGCGGAAUCAGAUGCAUCAAAAAGUAGCCGAAGUGGAAUUAGAAAUGCAAAAGCAGCGUACUAGAACGCUAGAUAUUCUUGCAGAAAAGGAGAAUGAGCUGGAAAUAACAAAAGCUAUUUUGACAGCAGUGCGAGAUCAGCAAAAUGUUCGUGGAAGAGAGCAGAAUAAUCAAAAUAUUUCGUUGCAGUUGACAAAGAAUCUAGAAACUGAGUCACAUGAAUCUCUGCAAGAUAAUGUAUCUUCUAAUGAACGACAGGCAGGAGCUUCGCCGACUGUUAUUCAAUCUGCGUUAGUUUUUUCUGGAACGCUGAAUCUCUGUGAAACUCAUAACUUAUUUUAUGAACAACAGCUUGCUCGAAAAGAAAAGGAUAUUUUAGAAUUAAGAAAUGCUAUUCGUAUGGCUGAAUUGAAUGUUCGAGAUAUCCAGCAAGCAUCGCUUACAAAAGAUUUGCAACAUUUUGAAAUGGUGGAAAAAUUAAAAGAUGAGAUUAGGAUACUGGAAGGAAAACUACAGUUUUUAACUGCUGAUGCUAAUAUGGAAUAUUUACGGAAUAUUUUUGUUCAAUUAAUACAUAGUGAUAGCUCAUCCAGUCGGAAGCACAUCUUAAGAGCUAUUGGUGCUGUAUUAAAAUUAAGCUCAUCUGAAAUGCGAGUAAUCGAGAAAUACAGUUGA